GAGAUGCGCGUGCGUGUGCGCGCGACGUUCGGCUCCGGUAUCCGUGCUCGGGCAGAGCUGCACGCAGAGGAAUGAAGAGAAAAGAAGAAAACAUUUCCAUAAAAAAAAAGAAAAGAAAAAACAAGAGACGACUCUGAUGCGUUACCGAGAUCUGAGCUUGGCGCGUGCGUGCACGGAUCUCCGUUAUCUAGGAGAAGAAGAAUCAAUGAAAUAAAUAAAUAGUAAUAAUAAUUAUUUUUGUGAGAAAAAAAAAACGAACCGAGACGUCCUGCUCUCCGCGUGCACGGGGAUACACGAGAAUUGCGAACAGGAUGGAGCGCGAGGGAUGACGGGCGGAGAGUGGAGGGCGACGGCACGCGCGUGUUCGGAUGCGUUUCUGCGCAGUUUCUCCCGCGUGCACGGAGUUUAUCCUGCUCUAGACUACCGCAGAAUCGCUCGAGCACAUCCGGUCCGUAGUCUCGCGCGGCACACGGACCGUUUUGGUGUUUCUGUUUUUUGGAUUUGGCUUCUCCUAAAUCACUCUCACACACACACACACACACGCACUUACACACACACACACAGACACACCGCUGUCUCGUCUCGGUACCAGUGGAUCGCUUUAUUUUUCCACACUGAUUAGGAUCGAUUAAGGAUUUUGGAUUAAGGAGUUUUUAUUGUGUUUUUUUCCAAUACAGAAGGAAUUCAUCCCUCCAUCAUCUCCGUCUCUCCGUUACGAGUUUAGAAGUCGCGAGGGGGAGAUCCGGUGCGCAUUUCUGCGUCUCUGCGGUGGAGAACUCGAGCGGGAUUUGUGCGCUUGCGUGUUUAUAAUCCUCCUGAUUGAUGCGAUCCCGUUCUGUUUGGAAAAUAAUUAUUACAGAUCAACAUCAGGGGAGGAGAAGGAGAGGGAGGAGGAGGAGGACUAGGAACGGAACUUCAGCGGCGGAGACCGGCCUGGAGAGGUCUGUAUGAGCGUAGGAAACAGAACGAACGCUGGAUUUCAACUUGGAAAGACAAGAGACAUCCUCAAGAGCUCCCUUUUUUUCUAAGCUGGAAUUUUGGGACAUCUUUUCAACAUGGCGGCUACAGUACAACGAGCUCAGAUGGUUCCCUCGAGACCCGCACUCCAUCUGACGAGGUGGCACUGAUCUUAUUACCCAGACUUCCCUAGGAGAACACAUGAUGAGAUGAGUGACACAGGAAGAGCCUUCAUCUCUGGACGAGGAAGCUGAUAAAUCAUGGAGCGUUUCAUUUUUUGCAUGAUGCUGUUGGGGGUUCUGGUGCGAGGACAGCAGUGCCCAGGCCGAUGUAUCUGCCAGACCAUCUCACCCACCCUGACCUUGCUUUGUGCCAAGACUGGACUCCUGUUUGUCCCACACACUAUUGACCGCAAGACCGUAGAGUUGAGGCUCACGGACAACUUCAUCACGGCUGUCCGUAGGAAGGACUUUUUAAACAUGACAAGCCUGGUGCACCUGACACUGUCCCGCAAUACCAUAAGCCAGAUUGCACCUCAUGCCUUUGUUGGACUCAAAGCAUUAAGGGCGCUUCACAUGGAUGGCAACAGACUGACCGACAUAAAGAAUGAUCAGCUGAAAGGUUUGGUCAACCUUCGACAUCUCAUCCUCGGGAACAACCAGAUUCACCAUAUUGACCCUUCCUCAUUUGAUGAGUUUGUAUCCACUAUUGAGGAUUUGGAUUUGUCUUACAACAACCUGAGGACGUUGCCAUGGGAGGCUAUAGCCAGGAUGACCAACAUCAACACACUAACUUUGGAUCACAAUCUUAUUGAUCACAUAGGAGCUGGAACUUUUACGCUACUCACCAAACUGGUCCGAUUGGACAUGACGUCCAACCGUUUGCAGAAGCUGCCUCCAGACUCCCUCUUCCAGCAUGCUCAAGUGCUGUCUGAUCCUAAGGGUAGCUCUAGUUCCUCUAAACUGACAGUGAGUUUUGGUGGGAACCCGCUCCACUGUAACUGCGAGCUGUUGUGGUUGCGCAGGCUCACCCGAAAGGAUGACCUGGAAACUUGUGCCUCACCUGAGCAUCUUAUGGACAAGUACUUCUGGUCCAUUCAGGAGGAAGAGUUUAUCUGUGAACCCCCACUCAUUAUCAAGCACCACGUCACUAAGCCGUAUGUCAUGGAAGGCCAAGGUGUCACACUCAAGUGUAAGGCCAUGGGUGAUCCAGAACCUACAAUUCACUGGCGCUUUCCCGAUGGAAAGCUGGUGCACAAUAACUCACGUACCAUCCUGUAUGAUAACGGUACUCUGGACAUCCUGAUUACAACCCUGAAAGACAGCGGGGCGUUCAACUGUGUUGCCUCAAAUGCUGCCGGAAUUGCCACAGCAGCCGUAGAGAUAAACAUGAUCCCACUGCCGUUGUUCGUCAACAACACAAGUCACAUGAAGGAGGCUGACCCUGGCUUGUCUGACAUCACCACCUCUACCAAAUCUGGCAACAAUGACACCAAGCACCAGGACAAGAGGGUGGUGGUGGAUGAGCUGACCUCCAACUCAGCCAUGAUUCACUGGCCUUCGGAGCGACAUAUUCCUGGAAUAAGGAUGUACCAGAUCCAGUAUAACAGUACUAUGGAUGACACUCUGGUCUACAGGAUGAUUCCCCCAGAGAGCAAGACGUUCAGGAUCAAUGACCUGGCGGCAGGACGUGAGUAUGAGUUGUGUGUCCUUGCCGUGUAUGAUGACGGCAUCACGUCACUCACUGCCACACGCGUGGUGGGAUGUGUCCAUUUCCGCACUGCGCCUGAGACCGGACAGUGCCAGUUUGCUCAAGCGCAGUUCCUGGGUGGCACCAUGAUCAUCAUCAUCGGCGGCGUCAUUGUGGCCUCUGUGCUCGUCUUCAUCGUCAUCCUGAUGAUCCGAUACAAGGCGUAUGGCACGGCUGAUGGCUCCAAAGUCAAAGGUGGAAUGUCUGGAAGUGUUCACCACUCGGGUCGUGCCACAUCAAAGAAACAGGAGCAUAUGGGCGAGUCUCCGGUCGGUACAGAUUGCCAUGCUAUUGCGCUGCUCAGCCUUGAGAAUGAGACUCAGGAGGAAGCGAAGGCACUGACACCUCCUGUUCACCCAGAGGUGGCGGCUUUGGCUCUGGUACCUGCUCCACCCAUCCCACCAUCCCGCAGGGCAAGUUUAGGAGCCCCGCCUUCAGAUGAUAACCAGACAGACAGCAGCCUGACAGGCUCCACCAUGUCGCUUUGCCCCAUGGGCACCAGUACAAGUGACAGGGACAGGAAGCGGACGCCAGUGGCCAUUGGGUUGCUGCCUGGUGAGCUGGCGAGGGCGAGGCACCGCUUCUCAUUUGAUGGGGACUACACGCUCUUCCAGAGCCACAGCUACCCGAGACGAGCCCGUGCCCGCCGCCACAAAUCCAGCUCCCAGCUCGAUGUCUCGCCUCCGACUGAACGCCGCAUCACGUUCAGCAGCAGCACUGAGUGGAUGCUCGAGAGCACAGUGUGAACAAACACGUACACAGUGGGGUCCCAAACUCCCAGUUCACCAAAUGCAACUGUCUUUAUUUCAUCAGUUAUCCCAGGUCAAUUCAAUUCCACCAAUUUCUCUAACAAGAUCACUAAUAUUGUUUAUUAGUGUUCACUGAUUCACUUAUAUAAUCCCAGACUAGACUAAGACUGGAGGGGAUUGUGGGGCUACUUUUUAUACUCCCAUUUUUGACCAUUCCUGCAGACACCCUUGAUCAAUCCCACCUGCUCCCACAAUUUUCUGAUAAAUUCUGUGACCUUGACCAGGAAAGAGCAGUUACUGAUCAUGGGUUAAUGAAAUCAGUAAAUCUGUCUUGCAUUGUAAACACUCUCAUAUUAGGAAAUGUGACUAUGUUCAUAACUGACUGCUGUCUGCUGUGACUUCUUUUUUGGGUUUUGCAGGAUCCCAGUCCCACUACACACCUCCCACUAUAACAGUUGUGCAACACCAGUUCAGUUUCAUGUCAUUUGUGACAUUAUGCCUGAGCUACUUGAAAAUCCCCUUCAGACACAUUUUUCAACUCAUGUCAAUCAAAUCCUUUUACAAUGCUAUCUCGUUUGCUUCACUGCCAGUUGCCAUGGUUUCAGCAUGAUAUCCACACAAGCUAGCUAAAGAAUGAAAAAAGAAAAAAAAAACUAUAAAUUUGACCACAAAUCUUCAACAAAAGUGGCAAUUCUAAAAGGACAUUGUUGCAUAAAAAAUGCAUCUAUAUAAUGCCUCACCAUUUCCUAGGGUCAUAGUGACCUUCAAAAACAGGCUUAAGAUGGUGGAAACACUAAUGCUGAUCAAACACUUGCAGCUUUUAGCAAAGAGUCUUACUGACCAGUUCAGGAUCUCUUUCACAUUUGAGGGAAAAACAAAUGCCACCGCUAAGUUAAUCUUUGCUGAACAUUAAUUUUGCCUCGCCUGUUUAUUUCUAAUGCUUCAGUCAGUUUCUUGGAUGCUACAGCAGGCAUUUGGUGAAUAUUCACAGCACGUUUUUUGUUUGUUUGUUUUAUAUCAGCUAAUUUCUGAGUUGUUCUGGAUUGGGAUUGGUGCAUCUGGGGGGGAUUUGCAAGUGGCUCAGGAGUGGGAGGAGACAGGGGUAUGCAUGAUGAAACAGACAUGAAACAGACCUGCCAACCUUCAAGUGGUUGAUGAAAACAAAAAAGACAGUAAAAUGUUGACAGUAAAAUGACAGUAAAGUGUUAGAUCCUUCUGAGAAACCGGGAAAUGUUUCCACAUCAUCUGCUUAAAAUUCAAGAAGCACAAAUAUAAAUCUUACUUGCUAAUUGUUGUGAAAUGUUAGAGUUGACAUUUUGUUGGAGGUCAAAUAUUUUGUCAUUUUUUCUAUUUCAGAUGAAGCUAUUGGUGCUUGACUUACGAAUCUAGCUAACUGAUGUUAUCUUUAAACGUGUCUAAUGUUAACAAAGUCAUACGUCGAUUGAUUUGAUUUCAUAUUAAUGAACUCAAAACAUUUUCUAUUCCCCCGUGCCGAAAAGUGAGGACGCUGUGUCAGUGCUGCGAGUAAGAAAGGGGGUGGGGUUUCCAGUGGGCGAGUUACUUUUUGAGAUAAUUCAGAGAGUUAAUAUGGGAAUCAUUUCAGAUUGGUAUAUUUUGGGGGUUUUAUCUGCCAUUUUUCGGGGGACAAACAAAAAAGAUCUUUGAGCAAUAACUCGUAGCAGAGUACAAUGAUGUUAAAAUCCAGAGCUCAGAUGCAACAUGGAUGAAGGUGGAUGCAGGUGUUGCUCUAGAAGCAAUCAAAAAAGUGUAUUAAAUUAGGUAACAUAAUACUGUUAGGAUUUCACUAUGAAAAUAAUUUGAAUAGGCCAAUUUAAACAUUAUACGAUAACUGAUGGAAAUAAAGUUUCAGAUUUUGGGAUCCUGAUACACACACACAAACACAUACACACACACAGUUUUUUUUUUCUUCAUGUGUCAUGUGUUGUCCAUGUUCAGUGUUUUAUUUGAAAGCACAGUCUGGCUCCGUUCUGCUUCAGACACAGAAAGAGAGAGAGACACAGACAGAGAGAUGGUGAUUAAAAAAGAAGAAGAAAGAAACGGUCGCCACACCCUUUCCCAUAAUGCAGCGGUGCCUUAUUCCUGAACGUGUACCAAUGGAAGAUGUGCUGCUAUGUGUCCAUCCACUCUACAUCCACGACAUCCAUCCUUUUGUUUAAUGGUUAUUUUUCUACGUGAUGCCACGGUGAGAGCUUGGUGGAUACGUGACUGCUCUGUUUUCUUUGUAAUACUCCAUUAACGAACGGCGACGAUCACAAUGACGAACGAUCGGCAUCUAAACGUGAGAGUCCAGAGUCACUGCGCUCACGUGUGUCCGAUCAUUUUAGACGACUGAAUGCACAGAAGACACGAGAUACAGAACUUCGGACAUGCAUCGGACCAGUCUGUAUGACGCAGAUCAAUUAAAAAAAAGAAAAAAGAAAAUAAUAUUAAUAAUUCAUACAAAUACCGAUCGCAUUCAUUAGAAAAGGAGGAAAAAGAAACUGAGCCUGGGAAUUGCCGUGGACUCUUUCAGCCAGGAUGGACUUCGUCAUGAUGGAAAUCAGAGAAAUGACUGUAUGAUCGUCAUCGGUAUUGUAUCUGGCUGGUCUAGAUUAAAACACAACAACAACAACAAAAGAAAAAACAAACGAACAAAGAAAAAAAAACUGCAAAUGCAAAUUACAUAUAUGAAUAUAUUCCGAACUAUCUCUGUAUGUGUUCCAAAUAUGUAAAGUCAUAGGUGACGUGACUUUUUACACAGCAUUCUGGGUGAUGGCUGCCAGUUUUUACAUUAAAAAUCUGCGUCGUCACAUCCUUCUCCUGAUU